UCUCCUUUAAAUAAUGCAGAGCAAAUUCUAAAUAAUAAGUCAUUUUUUUAAAUAAUACAUGUAAAUAAAAUCUGUUACUGGGAAAAUCCUGAUUAAGAUCUAUGCUACUUAAAGGCAUACUAGAAGACAUGGUAAAGUACUGGUAUGGUAAUUAUUAUUAUCUGAAAGGGGUGUUUCUGUAAUUUGGAGAACCCUGCAAACACACAUACGGAGAGAGUAAAGGAAUGGGAUCUGUUAUCCAGAAUGCUUGGCACCUGGUGUUUUCCGGGUGAGGGAUCUUUCUGUAAUUUGGAUCUCCAUACCUUUAAUCUACUAAAAAAUCAUUUAGACAUUAAAUUAACCCAAUAUGAUUGUUUUGCAUCCAAUUAGGAUUAAUUAUAUCUUAGUUGGGAUCAAGAACUUGAUACCGUUUAAUUCCUACAGAGCAAAAAGGAAACAAUUUUUUAAAUAAAUUGAAUUAUUUGAUCAUAAUGGAGUCUAUGGGAGACGGCAUUUCCAUAAUUCAGAGCUUUCGGGAUAACAGGUUUUCGAAUAAUGGAUCCUACAACCUUGCCUUAUGCUAAUUCCCAGUAGUAGGGAGAAUCUGACCCGUUUCGGCAAAAAUUUGCUGGAAUACAUUAAAGUGGACCUGUCACCUACACCUUGUGUACGAGUAUUAGAUCCCCCAUUCUGGUGCAUACACAACUUUUCCUGUCCUUACACAUGGCAGUGGGCAGUAAAGGGUUAAAUCCCCCUGACGUAGGAAGGCACAGGAAAUAGAAUAAAAGCCCUUCCGGGUCCCACCCGCGCCCAUCUCAAUUUUCCUGUCGAGGAAAUACCCCCACACCAGAGGAGCUCUCUCUCUCCUUCUGAAGCGCCUGGGGCCGAGGUUUACCUUGUGCGUGUCCCAGGGGAAGCCGGCGGGCUUCAGGCCUUUUGUUGCCUACGGUGCAGUAAGUCGCAAUGCUGCCUCGGGAGGUAGCGCAUGCGCGAUAAGACGCCGAGCGCCCAUCUGAUAAUGGCGCUACUUGACUUGGCGAAAACUCGCUCCCGCGAUAACACGCCGAGAGCCCAUCUCCAAAAUGGCGCCUACGGAACACGGCGAAAAGACGCAUGCGCAUUGGCGCUCAAAAUAAAAGGCGCGCGCCGAUUACAGGUAAGCACUGUUGGCGUUUUUUUUAUUCCUUCAACAAGCUGCACCCUACCAGAGGAUCUACUGAGAGAAUCUCCAAUACCUCUGCAGUGCACCUGUAUUCUGUCCAGCCCAGGUGUAAGUAAGCUGGCUAACAAAAACGCAGGAACCUUAUUGUUAAUAUACAAUGCCUUACAAAGACUCUAUCUAUCUUACAGACUGUCUGAUAUGAGCAGACGCUCAGGUUCCAGGGGAAGUCCCCCUCCAAGAGAAGAAUCUCAAAGGAGAAAGACUCCCAGGAUCGACUGCACGGCCUGUGGAGAUGCAGCUCUACAUGGCAGAAGGCUAUGUGAAAGAUGCCUUCACGAAGCAGCAGGUCCUUCACCGGACCUACACAACCUAAAAGAUUGGAUGCAAAGCACCAUCAAAGAAUCCAUGAACGACAUGGUCAACCAAGUCACCGAGAGAGUCCUAAUCAAUAUAGGAGACAGAUACAACCCACAGUCCUCCACGGCAGGGAGCAGCGGCAGAACCCAUAAAAGAAGGGAGCCCCCAAGCUACUCCAGCGUCUCGGAAGGGGAACUUUCCCAAACCGAAGAAGACGAACCAGAUGACUCGGGCUCUUUCAACUUGGACUACUUGGAACCCAUAAUUAAAGCCAUGAGAUCAGCCCUAGAUCUCGAUGCUACCGAAGACACUCCCAGACACGACAGAAUGUUCAAAUCCAUAGCCAAAAAAAGUGCUAAAUUUCCCAUCCACAGUGUCAUCAAAGACACUAUUCUGGAAGAGUGGAAAAUGCCUGAUAAAAAAAUAGGCACCUCCAGAAGAAUUAAGAAAUUAUACCCCUUCGAAGAAAAUGACUUCAAAUUCUGGCAUACCGCCCCCAAAGUCGACGCGGCCAUAACCAGAGUGGCAAGACGUACCACCCUACCAGUAGACGAAGGGGUAUCACUAAAAGACGCCAUGGAGAGGAGACAAGACAUGACCCUCAAAAAGUCAUACUUAAUCAACGGAACAUCCAAUCAAGCCUCAGUAGCCAUCACCACAUUGGCAAGAGCUAACCAAAUCUGGAUAGAAGACCUAGAACUAUCCAUAAAAAAUGGCACGGACAGAAAAAAACUGAUACAAAUGGUUCAAGACAUCAAAACCGUGAACGAAUACACCACAGAGGCCUCCAUGGACCUAGUAAAAUUUUCCGCAAAAGCCAUGGGGCUUAGCGUGGCAGCCCGCAGAGCCCUUUGGUUGCGACACUGGCAUGCCGAUCCCCAGAGCAAGCACAACCUCUGCUCUCUUCCCUUCGAAGGGUCUUUAUUAUUUGGGGAGAAACUGGAUAACAUUAUUUCCAAGGCAUCUGCAGGCAAAUCUGCCUUCCUUCCGCAAGAUAAAAGGGACAAGAAACCCUUUCGGAAACCCUUCCAGGACUCCAAACAAUACAGACCAGGCAAACCCUCCUUCAGACAACCUUGGAGGGCCAGAGGCCAGGGCCAACCCUGGACUAGAAGGAAGGACUUCAAAUCUGACAAAAAGUCAGCAUGA